UGUAGCGAAGGUAACACAUUGAUACCUACAGUGUGGGAAGUUUAUUUUAACCGGCGAUUAUAUUUUUGUUCAGAUCGUGGGGCGAACGCGGUUUAAAAUAAACUUGAAAUACUCUAGUAACGUCUAGCCAUUUCUGAAGCCUUUUUAACACGAUGCAAAAGCGGUAGCAGUCUCAGUACUGCAUUGCAGACUUUCGAGGGUGUUACCGGUAAUCAAAGCAAAAAGUGCACAUUCAAGUUUUAACAAAAAAUUGACGCUACAUAAAAUUCAUUGUUAAGUUUUAAAAGGUCAUUCAAUAUGACAAAAGUAAAUCUAACUGCACAACAAUGGAAAGAAGCAGGCAAUGAGGAAUUUAAGAAAGGGAACUGGUCAGAAGCAUUAAGUUGUUAUACGAAUGCAUUAAAACUUACAAAUGAAGAUAGCUCUGAAAAAGCUAUAUAUUAUAAAAAUCGUGCUGCUGUGUAUCUGAAUCAAGGGAAAUACAAUAAUGUCAUCGAAGAUUGUGAUGAAUCUUUGAAAAUAUCCCCAAAUGAUCCGAAAGCAUUGUUUCGCAGAUGUCAAGCAUUGGAAGCAUUAGAAAGAUUUGAAGAAGCAUAUCGUGAUGCUAGGUACAUUAUUUCAGUAGAUCCAGGCAACAAAGCAAUUCAACCUUUAGCAGCACGAUUACAUGAAAUUGUACAGGAAAGAUAUAAAGAAAGUUCUCGUGUUCAUUCAAAAGUAUCACAAAUGAUGGAUAUAGCUUUUGGAAUAGAAGGAAAGGACGAAAAUCGAGAAACAGCAAUGAAUAAUUUGCUUGUUCUUGCAAGAGAAAGGGCAGGAGCAGAAGUUAUGUUUAAGAAUGGAAUUGUUUCUAAAAUAAUAAAACUUCUGAAACUUGAAAAAAAUGAGGAGAUAAUAAUAAUUGCAAUUCGUAUCAUUGCUGAAUUAUGUAGAGAUAAUAUUAAUCGGACUGAACUUACUUUGAAAGACAUUGGUAUACCCUGGUAUUUAGAAAUGAUUAAUAGUAAACUUACAGAAAGAGUAAAUGCUGCUCAGUAUUGCUUACAGACAAUACUUAAUGUUUAUAGUGGUAUGGAUAAUAAACCAGAUACAAAGCCAAAUAAAGAACUAUGUGAUAAAUAUAGUAAACAAAUUGAUACCAUUUUAUCCUGUUUAUUAUACAGUGUAACAAGCAGAACUAUUUCUGGAUUAGCUAGAGAUGCAAUUAUAGAACUUAUUACACGCAAUAUUCAUUAUACUGCAUUAAAUUGGGCAGAACGACUAGUGGAGCUAGAUGGUUUACAACGUUUAAUGGAAGUAGCUAGUGAACUUGAAGAAUAUAAGUAUGAAUCUUCAAUGGAUAUUACAGCAUCUACUAGAACUAUUACCAGUGUGUGCUUAGCAAGAAUUUACGAAAAUAUGUAUUAUGAUGCAGCAAAAGAAAAAUUCAGAAAUGCUAUUGAUGAAUUCAUUAAAGAUAAACUACUUACGCCAGACAUAGAAUCUAAGGUCCGCGUUGUAGUUGCUAUAACUACUUUAUUGCUUGGUCCAUUGGAUGUUGGAAACACAAUAAUUGCUAAAGAAGGUAUUUUAGAAAUGAUACUUGUAAUGGCAGGUACAGAUGACCUAUUACAACAAAAAGUUGCUUGUGAAUGUAUAGUUGCUGCUGCAUCUAAAAAAGACAAAGCUGCUGCAAUUAUAAAUCAAGGUGUAAAUAUUUUGAAAAAGUUAUAUCAAUCUAAAGAUGAUUCUGUCAAAGUACGCGCUUUAGUAGGUUUGUGUAAGUUGGGUAGUUCGGGUGGUUCAGAUGCCACAAUAAGACCAUUUGCAGAUGGUGCAACAAUAAAAUUAGCAGAAGCUUGUAGGAGAUUCUUAAUUAAUCCGAAGAAGCAGAAAGACAUGAGAAAAUGGGCAGUAGAAGGAUUGUCUUAUCUUACUUUCGAUGCUGAAGUUAAAGAAAAAUUAAUUGAAGAUGAUGCAGCAGUUCAAGCAAUGAUAGAACUCGCUAAAACUGGAGAUCAGUCCGUAAUUUAUGGUGUCGUUACGACAUUAGUUAAUUUAUGUAACGCUUAUGACAAGCAAGAAAUGAUACCAGAAAUGAUAGAGCUAGCAAAAUUUGCAAAACAUCAUAUACCUGAAGAACAUGAAUUUGAUGACAUUGCUUUUGUAAACAAGAGGUUAACUGCAUUAGCCAAAGCUGGUGUUACGAGCGCGUUAGUUAGCCUUUCUAAAACGGAAAGUCAAAACAGUAAAGAAUUAAUAGCGCGCGUUUUCAAUGCAAUUUGUAGUCAACCAGAAGUGAGAGGAAUUGUUGUUCAACAAGGUGGAGCAAAGGCUCUUUUACCAUUGGCUUUAGAUGGAACUGAUAAAGGAAAGAAACAAGCAUCACAAGCUCUUGCACGGUUAGGAAUUACAAUAAAUCCAGAAGUUGCUUUUCCUGGACAGAGAAUAAUGGAAGUAGUUCGACCAUUCCUAAAUCUUUUAAAUCCAGAAUGUUCUGCGCUUGAAAAUUUUGAAGCCUUAAUGGCUUUGUGUAAUUUAGCAGGUAUCAAUGAUAGCAUUAGAAGACGGAUAUUAAAAGAAGGGGGUUUCCAAAAAAUAGAAGUUUAUAUGUUUGAGGAUCAUGACAUGUUAAGACGUGCAUCUACUGAGGUGAUAAAUAAUUUAAUGAUGUGCGAAGAUACUAUAAAAUAUUAUGAACAAGAAAACGAUAGAGUUAAAUAUCUGGUGAUUCUUUGUGAAGAUGAAGAUAUAAAUACAAGUAUGGCAGCAGCAGGAGCCUUAGCAAUGUUAACAUCAGUUAGUACAAAAUCCUGUAGUAAAAUAUUUGAUUCGAAAGAAUGGUUAGAAUCCCUACGAUUUCUACUUGCUAAUCCAAACCCUGAUUUACAACACAGAGGAGUUGUGAUUGUUUCAAAUAUGAUCAAAAGUACUAAAGAUGUUGCAGCAUUAUUAAUUGAAACUGACGUGAUGGAAAUUUUAAUGGCUCUAACAAAAAGUGAAUCUAUAGAAAAUAAAAAGAUUAAAGAACUUGCUGCCAGUGCAUUAGAAGCAGCAGCAGAGUGGAAACUCAUAAGAACUACAAAUAAUGAACAACAACCACUUCAGAAUUCAAAUAAUGUGGAGAGUGUUGAAUAAAUUUGCAGUAUGAUUGUAAUUAAAAUUAUUUAUUUUUUAAAAAUCUAUAUUUAUUUUGUAUAAAAAACUGUGUAUUUAUAUGUUUAU